AUGAAAAAAUUGGAUGAAAUUUGUUCUCGACUUCAUGAAAAACAAAAACAACAACAACAACAACAGCAGGAACAACAACAACAAAAACAACAACAACAACAACAGCAACAACAACAACAAUUUAGCAGCAUGUUACGUCAAAAAAGACGCAUAAAAGAUAAUUUAUCAAUUGGAGAAAUAACAACAUUAAAGGCUUAUAAAAAUGAUUCAAUAAAUCGAAAUGCUUCAGUAAAAUUACCAAAAAUUGAAACUACUAUCAAAAAUAUGAAUAAUUGCAAUAUGACAAAUCCUUUCAUAUCCAAUGCUAAUCUCGAAAAUCACGAUCGUGAUGCAACUCAAGCAUACUUAACCAUUCCAAAACAUAUACCAAUGAUAACAUCAACUAUGGAAUCAAUUUUACCAACAAAAAUGUUUAUUGCAUUUUGCAGUCGACCAUUUUGUAAAUUAAAAAAACGUCUCCAUUAUCACUGCAAUUUUUGCCAACAAGGAUUUAGCCAUGCUGAUCGCUUUUUGCGCCAUUUUCAAAAGCACUAUGCAUUAUUUCUUAGUUCAUCAAAUUUAAAAUAUUUUUUAAAUGCUAAAAGAAAGCAAACAAUGAAAUAUUGCAACGAAUGGCUAGCAUUUUCACAUUCAAUUUCAUCUGAAACAAUUAUAAAUGGAAGAAAAUAUGAGCAACAAAUGAAGAAACCAUUGAAAUUUAUUGAUUGCACCAAUGAAACAACCAAUGCUGUAAUUGGGUCAUCAUUUAAUCAUCAUACUAAUGAGAUGGAGCAACAGUUAUCAUAUAAUUGUUCUAAAUGUGGUUACAAAGCAAUUGACAAGACGAAAGGAUUACUUCAUUUGAUGUUGCAUGAUAAAGCUCAUAAAUUAAAGCUAAAACAUAUCACACAAGAAUCUGACACUAUUCAUUCAUCUUAA